GACCAAGUAAAUGUUGAUUACAUUGAAGACACGCGGGAAAAUAACUAUGAGGUUACAAAAAUAUGCCUUGCUGAUAUUUUAUCGACAAUCGAACAAGAUCAAAUUAUUGAAAUCUGGAGAGUAGUCAUUUCUUGUGGAUCUAAAAAUAACUACAUUGUAUUGUUGGUUAAUGGGUCUUAUAGAUGCACAUGUAACAUUAUUAUAACCCAUGGAUAUCCGUGCCAGCAUUUUUAUAAGGUAUUACGUUGUUCAACCCAAGCAAAAUGGCAUAUAGGACUUAUUGCAGCACGUUGGUAUAAAGACGAUUUCACUGAUAUUUGGCAACAACCUCCAAUCACUAUAUACACAAAUUCAGACCAAGUCCAAGGCCAAG